AUGCCGGAGCCCACGGCAGCGCCCCCUGGAGGAAGGCAGCUCCGAGCGGAGCCGGCCCCCGGCCAGCCUCCCCCGCCCGUCCCCAGCAACCGCCAGAGGUGGGGCUGGAGAGCGCUACGAACCCCCAGAGUCCGCGGGCUGGGGGAACGGCGGCUCCUUCGGCUGCUGAGGGGCCUCUGGGCUCCGUGCCCAGCUCUGUGGAUAUCCCGGUGUGGAGAGGACGCCCAAUACAAGACAGACAGGUAUGAUGAUGGCUAUCUGAAAGAAACUGUUCUUCUCUUCCUUCAGUAUUCAAUUCAGCAUGAAGCCAUCAGUCUCAUACAAGGCAUCGCUCCUGUAAGCCGGUGUAACUCUAUCAAAGAUAAAGAGCUAAUCAAAAUCAUACUGAGCAAGGAUCUGGAGCAGCAGAUGCACAUAUCCCAAACACAUCUACAAAAUGUAGAUCAGACUGUGCUGAGGAGAACAUCAGCAGAAGAAGAGCAGUCAAAAAGAAAACUGAAGUUCGUGUCCGUAGUGUUUCACCAUGGCGAUCAUACCCCACAGGAGUUUUUCCCAACUGACAAGCACAAAGAAAUUGCAAGGCAGCAUGGAUAUGGACAGCUUACCAAGUUUGGCAUACAGCAACAGUAUGAGCUUGGACAGUUCAUGCGGAGAAGAUAUUCCUAUUUCCUGAGCGUUGUUUACAAACGGUCUGAGAUUUAUGUUCAGAGCACUGACUGUGAUCAAACGCUUAUGAGUGCUCAGGCAACUCUUGCUGGGCUGUAUCCACCAACACAGGGACACAUUUGGAACCCCAGAAUCCUUUGGCAGCCGAUUCCAGUUCACACAGUGCCACUGUCACAUGAUAAUUUGCUAUAUGUACCUUUCUCACACUGCCCAAAAUACAAUGAGCUUCUGAGAGAAACUUUUGCAACAAGAGAUUUCCAGAAGCAGCUCAAGCAGUACAGGUCUUUUCUCAAGUUUUUAGCCUCUCACACUGGAUACCCACUGAAGAAAUUGAACAGUGAAAAAAUUUUGAGGAUCUCUGACACUUUACAAUAUGAGGAUAUUAACAAUUACACUUUACCUGCUUGGGCUACUCAUGGUGUCAGGACCAAGCUGAUAAAGCUCUCAGAGUUGUUACUGCAGGCAGAAUUUGGGUUCCACAAACAAAUACAGAAAUCACGUUUGCAGGGAGGUCUUCUUUUAAAAACUAUCCUAAAGCAUAUGUCAGAUGCUAGAAAGCCUUCACACCAUCAAAAAAUGAUUAUAUAUUCUGCGCAUGCAACCACUAUUGUUGCCUUACAGAUGGCACUCCAUGUUUUCAAUGGGAAAUUGCCUCCUUACAGUGCUUGUCAUUUCUUUGAACUCUAUGAGGAAAAAAAUGGGCAAUACACCAUAGAAAUGUACUAUCGGAAUAAUACUUUGAGAGAUCCCCACCCUCUCACUCUCCCCGGCUGCAGUUUUCGCUGUCCACUAGAGAGAUUUACUCACUUGGUCUCCCCAGUCCUCAUACAACAUUGGACAAGAGAAUGUAGGAUAUAG